GGCCGGUGCUCGCAGAUGUGCCACAACGUGUUCAUCGUGGAGUCGGUGUGCGUGGGCUGGUUCUCGCUGGAGUUCCUGCUGCGGCUGGUGCAGGCGCCCAGCAAGCUGAGCUUCCUGCGGCGCCCGCUGACGCUCAUCGACCUGGUGGCCAUCCUGCCCUACUACGUCACGCUGCUGGUGGACGGCGCGGCCGCCGGGCGCCGCCAGCCGCCGGCCGCCGGCAGCUACCUGGACAAGGUGGGGCUGGCGCUGCGGGUCCUGCGCGCGCUGCGCAUCCUCUACGUGAUGCGGCUGGCGCGCCACUCGCUGGGGCUGCAGACGCUCGGGCUGACGGCGCGCCGCUGCGCGCGCGAGUUCGGGCUGCUGCUGCUCUUCCUGUGCGUGGCCGUGGCGCUCUUCGCGCCGCUGCUCUUCGUGGCCGAGAACGAGGCGGCCGCCAGCCCCGACUUCACCAGCGUCCCCGCCUGCUACUGGUGGGCCGUCAUCACCAUGACCACGGUGGGCUACGGCGACAUGGUGCCGCGCAGCACGCCGGGCCAGGUGGUGGCCCUGAGCAGCAUCCUCAGCGGCAUCCUGCUCAUGGCCUUCCCGGUCACCUCCAUCUUCCACACCUUCUCGCGCUCCUACCUGGAGCUCAAGCAGGCGCAGGAGCGGCUGCUCUUCCGCCGGGCCCCGCUGCUGCUGGGCGCCAGGGCGCGGCUCGGCCUGUCGCGGUCCAGCGAGCUCCUGUUCGACAGCGCCUCCUCGGACGCCCGGGACCGCAGCUGA